UAAAGGCUCACAAGCUUCUCAGAGUGCAAAAGAGAGAAGAAGAGAUAAAGACUUACACUUCUACUUGUCCAGCAUAACACAGAGGUGACGACCAUGCGAUCGCUUCUUAGGUGUGUGACUCUGUGCGUCGCCCUCGUGGUCACAAUGUGCUAUGACUCUGAGGAGAGUAAUGAGUCUUAUGAAGACAUGUUUGUGAACCGCUACAGAGCAAACACUUUCAUUAAGGUUCCUGGACACAACAACUACCAAUGGCAAAAACGUUACAAGUCUCCGGCUGAACGGCAAUCUGAGAUUUGUGAGAAUCACUUUCAUUGUCGAAUGUUGGCUUAUCGCUACGGCCCCCAGACAGCCUAUCAGAAGUAUUUCGGUGGUCGAAAGGUUAACAACGGCCUACGCUACUGAGCAGACCUGCACACUGUGGGUCAAUGAACCAUCACACUGUGGGACGUUUAACAUGAUAUCUGCGUAAUCAAACCCAGCUUCUCAACAUUCACUGUUUUAUUUGUGUAUCUCUGAUUACAGGUUACAGGUCUGACUCAGGUUAAAUCAAAUGAACUAAACAAACAUAAGGUGAUAGAAAUGACCUCGAUAAGAUUUAUUAAUCAUGAACAACUGAAUCAGGCCACAAGGGAGAAAAGAAUAUUACAUUUUUGUUGUAAUGUGAACACAAUCUAGUUUAAAAUGGAAACCAGUCAGUAAACUGAAUCUGAUCAGUUUAUCAGCCGUGACCCGAUCAUUCAGUUUUUUUGUUUAGAACACAAAUCAAACAAAAUGAAAUCUAACAUUUUUAUUAAUUAUUAAAUUAAAUCAGACUAAACCAAAUUCAGCUAAAGUGAAUCUGAUUAAACCAGAUCAGAAUUAUUGUUUGUGUAAUCAAAUAUUUAUCUAAUAUUAUUUUCUGAUGUAAUCUUUGCUGUAUUUCUGUCUUUCUACUUACCUACCUACACACACACACCCACACCCACACACACACACACACACACACACACACACACUCAUUAUCCUCAUAGAUGUUACCUCACAUGCUUUCACGCAUAAUUACGGCUGUUUUUAAAAUAAUAAUAAUAAAAAAAUAUGAAAUAAAAUGUUCAUCACAAAA